AGCGUGUUUCAAAUUAUCGCGGGCGGUUAACAAUUGGACAAAUUGUUAAUGCCGUCGAUAAAGUCGAAUACAUAAGAAUAAUUUUGACGUGUCGAGAUUUUCCCCGAGGCCUCUAGAUAAUGGAAAAUGGGGCAAACCCUAACCUUGGUGUCAAAAUCCGAAAUGACGAAAAUUGUUACUACAAUAUCGCCUAAUUAAUGACUCAUGAAAAAAUUAACUCACCACGACAAAAUCGCCGAUAUAUUCUAACGCACAUCAAAACUCGUGCAUUUCCAACCCAAUGUUGAGAAUAUAAUACAACAGCGUAUAUUACACGUUACGAGCGACGUGGAAGCGAACGUGUUGAAAAACAACAAUGGGCCGCUAUUCCGGAAAAAAAUGCCGUUUGCUAACGAUGCUGUGGCUCACAGCAUUCUUUUUUUUAGUAGAAAUAAUCGUUGGCUAUGUGACAAACUCUAUGGCUUUAAUUGCUGAUAGUUUCCACAUGCUAUCAGAUGUAGCUGCUUUAGUGGUCGCAUUUCUCUCUGUGAAGAUGUCUCCCAAAAAAUGGUCAAAGAAUACAUUUGGCUGGGCAAGAGCUGAAGUACUAGGAGCUCUGGUGAAUGCAGUAUUUUUAGUCGCGCUCUGUUUCAGUAUUACCGUUGAAGCUUGCAAACGGUUCAUCGAAAUUGAAGAAAUUUAUGAGCCCAAACUUCUUGUCGCAGUUGGCGCUGUAGGACUAUUGGUUAAUGUGAUAGGGCUUCUUCUAUUUCAUGAACAUGGGAAUUCACAUGGACACUCACAUGGAAUUUCUCGAAGCCAUAACAGGCUGAGCACUCUUGUCGGUACGGAUGAUAAUGAAAAUGAUGCAACAUGUAGGCCAUCCACCUCACCGGUCAAGCGAGCUCAUGGUCAUAGCCAUGAUGCCAGUCAGAUGAACAUGAGAGGCGUAUUUCUUCAUGUUUUAUCCGAUGCACUGGGCUCUGUCAUAGUAAUCAUAUCUGCAUUGAUUGUAUGGCUUACAAAAUGGAAUUGUAGGUAUUACAUAGAUCCAGCGUUGUCAUUGCUGCUAGUAUUACUCAUACUCAGAUCAGUGUGGCCAUUGUUACAAGAAUCUGCCUUGAUCUUGCUUCAGACUGUCCCAACUCACAUACAGGUAGAUGCGAUUCAGCGGCGUUUACUGGAUAAUAUUGACGGUGUCUUAGCAGUACAUGAAUUUCAUGUUUGGCAACUGGCUGGUGAUCGAAUUAUAGCCUCUGCCCAUAUCCGAUGCCGCAAUCUUUCUGAAUAUAUGAAGAUUGCCGAACAGGUGAAAAAGUUUUUCCAUAACGAAGGAAUUCACUCAACCACGAUACAACCAGAAUUUAUAGACUAUCAUGCCAACAGUGAGGUACAAGAGACACCGACGGAAGAUUGCGUGCUUGAUUGCCCAAAGACGGAUAAACCUUGCAAUCACGCUACCUGCUGUGGACCGUCGAAACAGGGUCGUGAGACACCUUCACCUGGAGAAACGCCGUAUAUGUGCAGACAGCGUAAUAGUCUAGCACGAUCAACGGUAUCUAUAGCUGGAACGGAACAGCAAGAGGUCAACGAAAUGGAACGUGGUCACUUAUUAUCUCUACCUCCCCCUCACCAAUCCGUCCAAUUACCACACCCCCUGGUCAAUUCACCGACGGCCUGACUCUCUACAUCAUAUUAACGAAUGACUACCUCGAUAGCCGAUCGCGUAACAUCAGAAUGCCAUUGUACAAACGUAAUAAAUUAAUACACCUGAGCGCUUAUCUCACUGCAACUGCGCCGUUGACGAAAAAAUUGAUAUCAAUAAGAGCACAAUAUGUGAUUAAUAAUAAUCAACUAUCUAGAAAUGCUAGUUUAUUUAUCUGCGAAUUUGUUUGCAGACCGCAUAUUAGUUCAUUGUAUUGAAUAAAAGUAUGUAUUAUUUCUAAUACUCUACCAACAGUUCGGUAGAGGAAUUGGCUGGAUCUUAUAUGAUUUUUUUGGUCAUCUUGCUCGCUUUUGAUUGGGUGAGUGAGUUACUUGUCGAAUGCCAAAGUCAUAUACAUACCAAAUGGGAUAUGUUAUCUUUCAUUUCGUGCUUAUUACAUGAAUUUGUCUUAGCUGCCUUGAGAAAUAUUCAAAUUCCUGUAAAAUCAAUAUAAAACUUGCGAUCGAUGGGAUUAUAGUUGAGAGAAAACCUUAUUCAUCUUGCACACGAAUACAUCAAUUCAUUUCCAAAACAAAUUGAGAUAAAACGGUCAUGUGCAUCGAUAAUUAUUAUUACUUCUAAGAAGUAUUUUCCAAUUUGAUUGUAGAUGUUAUAUUUUCAUUGUAUUAUUAUUAUGAUUUAUAAUUGAAUAUUUUUCCAUUAUGUCAUGCAUUGUCUCUAUUUUAAUACAAUAUUUCUUUGCUCUGAUUACUAGUUGUGGGGGAUUCCCAUUGCAAUUACCAUUCUUGCAUUGGCAGAUAAUUUUUGUGCAUUUUUUCUCCCUUUUAUCCGAACAGAAAAAUUGCUUAUUGUUAGCUCAAAGAUGUUGUAACAUUGUCACUUUUUUUUUUUUUUUAAUUUAUUGAAUUUUCACUGCAACACCAAAAUAGUCCAUUUCCAUGUGUUUGUGUUUAACUUUGGGUAUCAACUUUCACAAAUUAAAAAUAUUCUUUAGUAUAAAACUUCUUCACGAUAAACCAUUGCCUUAAAUAUGGCCACAGGUGUUAUCCAAAAACUGCGAUUUAGCCGGGUGUGAAUUAAAAAAUGGCUAGUGCGAGGUGCAUGAACUGGGAAAAAACCAAUCUGUGACGUCGCAAGACAUUGCUCACGUCAUUAUCGUUCUUACAUUAGCUACGUUUUCUGCGUUCAAAAACAAAAAAAACAAAAACAAACAAACAAACUUAAACAGAUUGCGUAGCGUUUAAGUUGUUCAAAAUAAAGUUACCAACUACUAAUCGAUGCACCUUAGAAACAUUUGUAUACCCUGCUCACCGCUCAUAAAUUGAAAAAUUCAUAGAAAAUGAUUAUUUACGGUUUUAUACUAUUUCUACGAAACAAUAUUAAUAUAUUACUAUUUACAUUCAAUGAAGUCGAUCAAGUUUGAAAUUAUGUAGUUUCAAACAGAUACUAUAGUGAUUGAAACAAUGACACUUGUCAUCUAUUUACAUAGUGUUGCUCACUUACUUGACAUCUUCCACUGAAAUUUUACGUCAGUUGAUUAAUCUAAUGUUUUUAUUUUCGAAAUGUCGAGUGUCUGCACAAACCUAGUAAAGCUUGUUUUCGAAUGUUAAUGGUCGAUCGUUGGUGUAUUCAAAUCGGACAGAAAUAAUUCCGAUGUUUUACAUGUAAUAGUUUUUUAGUUUUUUUUUUUUUAUUCAUUUAUGUUGACUUUACAGUUGAGAACUUUUCUAAAAAGCAGUAGUACGACACUGAUUACUGAAAUUUUUGUUUACACGUGGAGUAGAUACACUUGAGCUGCUGCUGAUGAAUUUAGUGCAUAAAUUUUAGUGAUAUUAUCUUAGAAAUGAUAAUAACUUUCAUUUUUUAUAUUCUAUGGCCCUAGCAAUUUGAUUGCUGUUAUAUUGUAAGAUAGGAUAACUUAUUGAAAGGAUUAUCAAAACUAUGAGAGCUGUGAGUUUCUAAAUCUACAGAUGACUUAACUUUUUUGAUGGUAUCUUAGGUAUAAAUGUAAAUAACAAACGAAAAACUAUGUAUAAACUAAUGUUAUCAAAAUAUGGAAGAAUAUAAAUUUAUCCAUUGACUAUA